AUGGGUCGAGUCAAGUACGCAGUGAUCUGCUCCAGCAACCAGAACCGAAGCAUGGAAGCCCAUGCGCUUCUCAGCCACAAGACCACGUUGCGGUUGCUCUACCGCCGCAAAAAGGGAUUUGACGUCUGCUCGUACGGAUCAGGCAACAAUGUCAAGCUGCCAGGACCUACACCCGACCAGCCAAACGUCUAUGAAUUCAACACACCAUACAACGACAUUUAUGCCGAACUGGCAUCCAAAGAUAACGCAUUCUACACGGGAAAUGGAAUUCUGUCCAUGCUCGACCGGAAUAGGAAGAUCAAGACAGCACCAGAACGGUUUGCGGACGCCAAGCCGCUGUUUGAUGUCAUUAUUACCUGCGAGGAGCGUGUUUUCGAUCAAGUGCUUGAGGUGCUCGAGGCGCGCGACAGCCGGACCUUUCGACCAGUUCACAUUAUCAACAUUGACAUCAAGGAUAACCACGAAGAGGCGACGGUUGGUGCCGCGCUCAUCUUCAAAAUGUGCCAAGCAUUCGACCAAGCCGACGAUCUCGAGGUCAAGAUUGAGGAGGUUCUUGACGAGUUUCAGCGCAAACACGCAAGAACGCUUCUUCACUCCAUUGCAUUCUACUAA